GAAAAUGAAAAUGAAGAUGAAGUAGAGAAGAGGAAGAAGGUAGAGAAAAUGAUAUUUCUGUUGGAUGGGGUUGAAGAGAGGAGAGUAUAUUCGGAAGGAAGGGAAAUUUUUUUUGACAAAGGAUGAGGCAGAAGCGAAGCCUUGUAGGGUUUUCAAAGAAGGGAAGUCGACUUCUAGCAUUCAACGUGUUGACUGUUAUCUGUCAAAAGUCAUAGACCAGAUACACGACUCUAAUUAAAAGUCAUGGAUCGGGUACACGACUCCGACCCGAAGUUGUAGAGGAGGUCCACGAUCUAGGGAAUCAUCUUUUCGCACAACUCUAUCUUUUACAUUAAUUUUUAAAAUUACGUGAUUUUGAAAAAAAUUCUGUAGUAAUUUACUCAUCCAUUAUCAUUACGUCCAUUGCAAGAAAUAGACUGUAGAAAGCCCAAAAGAUGGGGGAAUUUCCCGUUAAGCGACGAGUCAGAUGAACGCAAAGCGUGUAGAUUCGAGAGCCGCUUCCAGUUCUGAUGCUCGGUUCCGAUCUAAAAUUCUUCUUGAACAGCUCUGUACAUGUAAAACAAGCUACUCAAAUUCAUGCCCACAUUCUCGUCAACGGGCUUCCAAAUCUCGAGUCUUGCUUGGUCCGUCAAAUCACUCGUUCUCAGUUCACUUGCGCCAGAAUUGUAUCCCGUUAUCUCCAACGAAUUCUUCACCAUUCACAAAAUCCAGAUGCUUUCACAUGGUCCUGCGCCGUUCGGUUCUUUUCCAAGAAUGGUCAGUUCAUGGAAGCAAUUGCCCAUUAUGUUCAGAUGCAGAGAUUGGGGCUGCAUCCGAGCACUUUUGCUGUAUCCUCGACUUUGAGAGCUUGCGGAAGGAUUAUGUGUAAGUUUGGUGGGAGGUGUAUUCAUGCUCAGGUUUAUAAGUUGGGGUUUUGUCGCUGUGUUUACGUUCAAACUUCCCUUGUGGAUUUUUACUCAAAACUGGGUGAUAUGGGUUUUGCUCAGAAGGUGUUUGAUGAUAUGACCGAGAAAAAUGUGGUUUCGUGGAAUUCAAUCUUGUCUGGUUAUGUGAAAAUUGGAAACUUAGUUGACGCUCAGAAAGUGUUUGAUGAAAUGCCUGUGAAAGAUGUCAUAUCUUGGAAUUCGAUGUUGACAGGAUUCUCCAAUUCUGGAAAUAUGGAUCGAGCGUUGUGUUUAUUUCAACAAAUGAGGGAGAAAAGUUCGGCUUCUUGGAAUGCUAUGAUCAGUGGCUAUGUGAAUUGUGGAGACAUGAAGGCUGCGAGAAACCUGUUUGAUGUAAUGCCUAACAGAAAUAAUGUUACGCGGAUUACAUUGAUUGCUGGGUAUUCGAAGCUUGGGGAGGUUAAUUCUGCUUGUGAGCUCUUUGAUAAGAUGGGUGAAAAUGAGAAGGAGCUUUUCUCAUUUAACGCCAUGAUUGCUUGCUAUUCACAAAAUGGUCUGCCUAACAAAGCAUUGGAGUUAUUCAACCAAAUGCUUCAACCCCAUUUGAAUAUCCAACCGGAUGAGAUGACUUUUGCUAGCGUUAUAUCUGCUUGUACUCAGCUGGGAAAUCUGAGCUAUGGUACUUGGAUCGAGUCGUAUAUGGAAAAACUUGGGAUUGAGUUGGAUGAUCAUUUGGCGACUGCAUUAGUAGAUCUAUAUGCAAAAUCCGGGAACAUCGACAGGGCAUUUGAGCUGUUUAAUGAUCUGAAAAAGAGGGAUUUAGUCGCUUAUUCAGCUAUGAUCUUUGGAUGUGGGAUAAAUGGUAAGGCCCAUGAAGCAAUCGGGUUAUUCAAAGAGAUGCUAAGAGUUAACAUCUCCCCGAAUCUAGUGACGUAUGCUGGACUUCUUACAGCGUAUAAUCAUGCUGGUUUAGUAGAUGAAGGUUACUUUUGCUUCUCGUCCAUGAAGGACCAUGGACUUGCGCCACUAGCUGAUCAUUACGGGAUAAUGGUGGAUCUGUUGGGGAGGGCGGGGCGGUUAGAAGAAGCAUAUGAGCUUAUACGCAGUAUGCCAGUGCAGCCAAAUGCUGGUGUCUGGGGAGCCUUGCUUCAUGCAUGUAAAUUACAUAACAAUGUUGAACUUGGUGAGAUAGCAGCUCGAAAUUGCUCGAAGUCGGUGACUGAUACAACCGGAUACCGGUCUCUUCUAGCCAACAUUUACUCUUCUAUGGAGAGGUGGGAUGAUGCUAAGAGGAUGAGAAAAGCCAUGAGCAAUAAAGUAUUUGCCAAGAUAUCUGGGUGUAGUUGGAUGGAGCAAUCUGAAAGCUGAACAGUUAUCCUCUGAAUUUUGCUUGUAACAUCCUUUCUCCAUGGAAAAAACAGGUACUAAAGUUAAAAAGAUCGAGUCUUGAAUAAAAGUUCUUCAUCGUAAGUCCUUUCUGUUCCUAAUAUUAAGUUCUUGAUUGUUAACUUGCGAAUUUCACUUCUAAGAUGAAUUAUUUUCAGGAAUGGGCUUCUUUGAAAUAGCUGGAAAUGCCCAUCCCGUUUCCUUAUUUGUUUUUUACUUGGUUCCGAUUGUUAAUCUGUACAUAAUUUUAUUUUAGGGAAAUUACCUAUAAAAAAUUUAAUCUUAUCUUGGUGUUA